AUGGCCCUUCAGCAUACGCGUUCUCGUAGCUUUCCUUGUGGAUCACAAGGAGCUGCCAUAGUCAAAGUUGAUGAGAGUUUGCUCUCUGAGUCGACCCCUUCAUCGUUGUCCUCUUUGGCUGACAGAAUAAAGGGUCUCCAAAAUCUGUACGAGAGCAUCGAUGAUUUGCUUCUGCUGCCUCACAUUCAAAGAAGCAUCGCAAAUGAAUGUCCACAGAAAUGUUUGGAUGAAAUGAUGGAGGGGUAUAUCAUGUUACUGGAUGCUUGCGCAGCUGCUAAAGAUGUCGUCUCAGUCGCAAAGAGAGACGCGCAGGAGCUUCUCUCCGGUGUGAGAAGACGGAUGCACGCGGAGGCUGCCUCCACCUAUCUCUCAUCAAGAAGGAAGUUGAGAAAGAUGGUUCAAAAAGCCUCAUUUUUGAGGAAGAAACAAAAUUUGGGAAAGGGAUACGAGAUGAGGCCGGUGGAGAAGUUGCUGAUGGAUGCUAAAUCAGCAACUUUAGGCAUGAUCAGCUCUCUCUUCUUCUACAUGAUGGGGACAAAGGCACACAGCUGUGGGUCUUUGGUAGCCAAGAUCAUGGAGUCGAAGAGAGUCGAAGAAACAGAAUUUACUAAGGUGGAUGCUGCCCUAAUGUCUUUCAUGCACAAUGGAGAUGAUGGUGUCAAAUUUGCUGAUGUUUUGAAAAGCAUGGAAUGCAGCAUUCAGAUUGUGGAAGAAGGGCUGGAAUGCUUGUUCAGAAGUUUGAUCAAAACCAGAGUUGUCCUCCUCAACAUUCUUAGUUACUAG